GUCGUUCUCAUCACGUCAUCAGAACUUGCAUCACUUGAUGGCGCUAUUUCACAGCCCAAUAUUUCUUUAAAAAUAGGUGGAUAGUUACAUUAAUAAUAUGACUCAAUUGAUUUUGACAGUAUGUGGAAAGAGCAGCAAGCUACGACACCGUAGCCGAUUCACCCAGAAAGUAAAGAAAAAAAAGAAAAUGAGUCUUUCUUAAAAUUAGGAACGAAUAUUCAAAGCUUUUUAAAAUGGUCAAAGGGAUUUUGUAACUGAAGCGAAGGCUUUACAUUUCUUUUCUUUUAAAACUGUCUCGAUUGCGCACAGCUGGAUACCGUCCCCUGUAGUGCGCAACAGCUGUAGCAGAGAGCGAGUAAAUGACUUUGGACCCGCCCCGUGAGGAGGGAUCCACGUAGCGUCUGCUUCUUUUCCCCACCAAGCACAGAUUAAAUGCCGACUGGAUGUUUUUAUUUAUAUUUAUUCACCCCGUGUUAACAAAGUAGUCCGCGAUGUCUUGCGCGAGGAGGCAAAAGAAGGACGCAAAGUCCGGUGAACCACCUUACCAGCGCGAGAAACGGCUCAAACACUGGAAUGAAAAACGCCUAGGUUUGGAGGGAGAUGAAGACGUCAAGUUCCUGUUUGAGGGUGGAAACCUGGUCAAGAUCCGCUCGGGCUCCUGGCAGAAGGAGCGCUUCUUCAGGCUGCAGGAGGACUGCGAGACCUUGUCCCACGACUCCAAGAAGAUAUUAAAGAAAAGCGAGACCUACUCUAUUGAGGAUAUCGAGUCUGUGCGUAUGGGUCGUCAGUCUGAAGGACUGGCUAAGUACACAGACGCCAGCGACGAAGAUCGCUGCUUCUCCAUCAUCUUUAACGACCGCAAGAAGAACCUGGACCUAAUGGCAGCCAGUCCUGAGGAGGCGAAGCAGUGGGUCAGCAGCCUGGAGAAGGUCAUCAACAACAUGCGCAACCUCAACGACCAGCAGAAGAGUGAGCACUGGAUCAUCAGCUGCAUGAAGAAGGCGGACAAGAAUGGAGACAACAUGAUGUCCCUGAAGGAGGUGAAGCACUUUCUGAGACAGAUUAAUGUCGAAGUUAGCGACGCUUAUGCAGAGGAAAUCUUCAAGAAAUGUGACGAGUCCAAAUCCGGGACCCUGGAGGGCUCCGAGAUCAAGCUCUUCUACGACACACUAACACAGCGGCCGGAAAUCGAUACGAUUUAUGGCACUUACGCAAAAACGGACGGGCAGAUGAGCGCCGCCGACCUGCUCAGUUUCCUGCAGAAUGAACAGAGGGAGCUGGUGACCAUGGAUUACGCCAUGAAUCUGAUUAAAAAAUAUGAAGUGGAUCCAGCAGCAAAGGAGGAUCUCCGGUUGAGCAAAGAUGGCUUCCUGAUGUACCUGUACCAGGAGGGCCACAUCCUCAACCCAGCCCACAAGCCCUUGUAUCAGGACAUGACCCAGCCUCUGAACCACUACUACAUCUCCUCCUCACACAACACAUACCUGAUGGAGGACCAGCUCAAAGGCCCCAGCAGCACAGAGGCCUAUAUCAAGGCACUGCUGAAGAGCUGCCGCUGUGUGGAGGUGGACUGUUGGGACGGGGGCAACGGGGAGCCCGUCGUUUAUCACGGCCACACGCUGACGUCCAAAGUGCUCUUUAAAGACGUCAUCCAAGCCGUCAAGAACUACGCCUUCAAAACGUCUAACUACCCAGUGAUCCUGUCCCUGGAAAAUCAUUGCUCCUUGGAGCAACAAAAGCGGAUGGCUCAUUACAUGACCACCAUCCUGGGGGACUCUUUGUUAUCGAAGCCACUGGGCACCAGUGUCCCCAAAAUCUUCCCUUCACCCGAGGAGCUGAAGGGCAAGAUCCUCAUCAAGGGAAAGCGACUGAACAAGCUAGACGUCGCCUUCAAUGCUAAGCUAGCCACAGAGGACGAGGACGUGUCCGAGGAGGACGAGGCUGCAGAAAUCACCAAAGAGAAUGGAGAGAAACCCAAAUCAACAAAGAAAUCAAAGAUCAAACUCGCCAGGGAGCUCUCGGACAUCACCAUCUACUGCAAGAGUGUCCACUUUAGCAGCUUUGAGCAUUCCAAGCAAAACCAGGCCUUCUAUGAGAUGGCGUCGUUCAAGGAGAGCAAGGCGUUGAACCUGGCGGAGACCUCAGGUAACGGCUUCAUCCGCCACAACAUGGACAAACUCAGCCGGAUCUACCCGGCUGGCUCCAGAACCGACUCCUCCAACUAUAAUCCUGUGACCAUGUGGAACGUCGGCUGCCAAAUCGUGGCGCUGAACUUCCAGACUCCCUGCAAGUCGAUGUACCUGAACCAGGGGCGCUUUCUGCCAAACGGCUUCUGCGGCUACUUCCUGAAGCCAGAUUUCCUUCGGGAUCCGUCCUCCCAGUUCGACCCCUACAAACUCACCAACGGGCCCUGGCUGAAGAAGAAGAUCUUUCACGUCAUGGUGAUUUCAGCUCAACAGUUGCCAAAACUCAACAAAAAGGAGAAGUCUAUUGUCGACCCCCUGGUGAGAGUGGAGAUCUGUGGCGUCCCGGCGGACAACGCCCGGCAGGAGACUCCCUACAUUGACAACAAUGGGUUCAACCCCAUGUGGAAUCAGAAGUUCCAGUUCAAAGUCAACGUGCCCGACCUGGCCUUGCUGCAGUUCGUGGUGGAGGACCACGACACGGCCACGCAGAACGACUUCAUCGGCCAGUACUGCCUGCCUCUCACCAGCGUGCAGAACGGGUACCGCCACGUGCCGCUGCUCACUAGGAGAGGCGACCUCAUCAGCUCGGCAAAGCUGUUCGUGCAUCUCAUGCUCAUGGACUGCGAGCAGUGAAAGAAACAUAUAAACUAAGUUGCUGAAUGUUAUCUGUUUUAAAGGGGUGAAGCCUGAAAGGAUCCUGGAUGUCUGACUAUUGCACACAGAAUUGUACAGGCUUCAUUCAACAAGCACGCAAAUGUUUUAUCCUUUUUAAACAGGAAAACCCAUUUUAUAGAUUUUAACGCCAAAAUAUGUUUGUCACUGGAGUUUGGGCUCGUGUUCAAUCACUUCGACCUAUAAAUGUGAUUUACAUGACUUGUCAACAAACUAGAAGCAUCUUUGCUCUUUUUUUUUUAAUUGGAGCAUAUUAACUGUAAUAUAUAAUCGAGACGCGUUGUACAAUGUUUACUACAUCAGGUAUUUUGCAUAAAACAAAUCCCAAUAUUUUCAUCCUUUUAUACAGAACAAAAGCGCUUUUCCAUAGAAGUGUGUUCAGCAUUUCUACUCAUCUGUAUUCACCUGCACUGUCUCCGAAUAAAACCCUAAAGGUUG